AUGGCCAAAUUUAGCAUCAGGAAAUCCCUGUGGAUAUUCUGCGCAAUAGGAUUUCAGUUUGUUGCAUUUAUUCAUGCAUCUCGUUGUAAUUUCGACUACCCGCAUGGGUUACUCAGCAAGAAUGCUCUGGCUAGCUGCCACAUGAGCAUCGAAGACAUAGACUCCACAAUUGUAGUAUGUCCACAACGAGUCGCUGAUGUUGAAUAUGUAUGGCAUCCUCAACCGAGUGCGGAUGAGCAGGAUGAUCUUAAAACGUACGUUAAUGGCGAUGGCAAGCUUCGUUCUGUUGCUCUUUCGGAUGUAGUGCGCUCCGAAUCCGGGAAUAAGCUCUUCUGGAUAGAGCCCACUCGCUCUCAAACAACUCUGCGCGUCAACUUACCAAGACAGGAAUUGUUCGCCAUUACUGAAAACCGACUGAUAUUCAUCUGCGGUCCGCGAGAUUUGGUUCUGACUGGUGAGUUGCAGCGGCGCAUUGAGCACCUAGGUGACCUAGGUCAGACGCAUAAACUUCCUUGGAACACAUCUACACCAUUGAAUCGGGAAGUUGACGCUUUAGAGAAAGGGUUGGGUGUAUUUAUGGUGUACAGAGGCAUAGUACACCAACCUCUUCAAGGCUGCGGAAGCCGUCCCUCACCACUGUUUGCUGCGAAUAAUGAAGUAACAGUGGACCCCGUGACCGGUACUCGUUCAUGCGUGGUGGAUCCUAUGACAACAUCACCUAUUGGAUUUGUUUGCGAAGGUAAAGUAGAACCUGAAAAUUGCAUGAGGUCCCUCUUGGGCAAAAAUGGCGAAGUUGUGGAGGCUCCUCGACCACGUCGUUUUUGGAAAUUUGAAAAUCAUAAGCCUUGGGUUUUGGUGCGGUAUUUCGAUGACUUAGCCUUACCGCCAUUCAGUGGCGAAUGCAGAUGCAUCGAUCACGAAACAGGUCAGGUGAAGGCGAAGAUAGAGAUCCGUUCGAAAAACGAGUACGUCUGUGACAUUGCUAGCAUGGUCGGCUGCAACCAUGCGAAUCAGAUUGUUGAACCAUGGUGUUCCGUGGUCCUCCACCCAGGAACUACGUUGACCAUAAAAUUCCCAAUCGAGGAUACCGAUAUGAAUGAAGAUGCGGAUUCCUCAUCUGGCUUACACUCGUUAAGGCUGGGUAAAUAUUCAUUGGAAAGUGAAUUCUUGCCAAAGGACUUGAAUAAGCUACGGCAACUGAACACACCUUACGGUGUCUAUAUUUACGACGAAGUCUCGUACCACAAAGCUCUCGUUGGUGAUGCCCUAGAAUUGGAUGCUUCCCAGAUUUCCAAGGGAGAGGUUACGCUGAUAUACCACGUGGACAAACCGCUUGCAUUACUAGAGGGACUAAACUCGUUCUUUUUUGAGAAUACUUUGAAAUCUGGAAAUGAGUAUGUUCCGGAUAAGGUACGCUCCGUCGUCAACGUGUCCUUCGCGUUUACUCAUAAUUACGAUAUAGUUGGGUGCGACACAAACCCACAUGGUCUGUUUGAUCCAGAGAUGAGCGAGGAGUAUUGUACAACAAAAUCUAAGGGAAAUGGAAUAGGGGAAAUUUAUGAAUGCCUAUACCAGAACAAUGGGCAUCCUAGUCAGGUUGGUAUCCACUGCGGGUUGGAUGAGGAGUUGCUACCGGGCAACUGUGACUACGCAGGAUACGAUCUCUAUUCCAAUGGAAUAACGCCAUUCCCAGGAUCCAUUCAGAAGAAGAUGCCAUAUUCCAUCGCAGGACUUCAGGUGUUUGACGUGGGCUUCCGAAAUAUCCCCGUCAGUUACGCCUGCAUCUGUGUCGACCAACGUGGCUACGAAAAGUCUAGGCUCAUUUUAGAGCACGACCAUCAAAAGCAAUACAAGUACGGAAUUAAUCGUGAAGACGCCAUUCACACGUUACUCCCACACACGUUGAUGCCCUGGAGUGAGUUAGGAUUAUCUGUCAGAGGACCAGCAUCACCACAAUUUCAUAAGAUGCACCACGUACCCCAAGAGCCCAUUACACUACAUGUGGGUUCGGAGUUUGUUCUGCGUUGUGCAAUUCAACCUGACGUGCUAUACGGUGCAGAUACGUCGGAGAUACAGGCGAUAUGGUUACCGUAUUCUCGUGAAUAUGACCAUUAUACAGCCAUAGAGACACCGGAGGGAACGCAGCUGGUUCGUGUGGCACACAACGACUCAAUUGCAACUACUCCGGAUGGUUUUUACGUUGAUUACAACGAUGUUGUACACACCGUGGGAUAUAAAACACUGAUUAUUAAAUCACGCCGAGGUGCCGUUUUGAUAUCGAAAGAUCCAGUACACAAGCAACACGUGCCAAUGACAUUUGUCUGCGGUAAGGCUCCCAAGGAAACGGAUGUCUCCAUCGUAACGCGUAAAUCAUCUGCAAGGUCAGGGUCAUCUGCUCGGUAUACGUGGCACAUGGUCCAAGUAAACGUCGAGACAACGGACCCGUAUAUGCAGGGUUGCGGCGUCACAGACGAAUCAGAUGAGCUGUUCAAGCCUGAAACGCCUCAACUCUACGACGGUGAUGGGAAGCCUCAGUCUGGCUGCAAGAUCGAUCUUCACGCUGCGAGAGAGGCGGCGUUCUACUGCCCAGCGCCUUACGUCCUGGACCCACCCAACUGCUUCAGCCAGGUCGCGGUUGAAGGUACCGUCAAGAACACAGGUGACCUAAGCAUGUCGUUGGUGGUGUCGCAAUCUAACCACUUUGCAAUCCUGAGCUUCGACAGUUCACUCGUCGGAGUCGGAGAAACGCUGCGCCAGACACCUCCAUUGCAAUGCCGCUGCGUCACCAUCAAGGGGGUCGUUCUCUCCACCAUCCAGAUUGAGAACUAUUACUCGAAGUACUGA